CCCCGGGGGUCGGGGUGGCCCGCGGCGCUAUGGCUCACGUCAGCUCUCGCAAGCGCUCGAGGAGUCGAAGCCGGUCCCGGGGGCGAGGGUCCGAAAAGAGAAGGAAGAAGAGCAGUAAGGAUGUCCCGAAGAGCUGCUCGGCUUCUAGAUCCCAAGACCACAAGGCCAGCACCAUCUCCUCUGGGGCGGAGGCCUCACCUUCUCCCUGCAUCACAGAGAGAAGCAAGCACAAGGCCCGGAGGAGACCAUGAUCCAGCUCCUCCUCCUCUUCUUCCAGUUCUUCUAGCUCUUCUUCCUCUUCGUCCUCCUCCUCUUCCUCCAGUGGUGGCCGGAAGAAGCGGGGGAAGCACAAGGACAAGAAGAGGAAGAAGAAGAAGAAGAAGAAAAGGAAGAAGAAGCUGAAGAAGAAAGGCAAGGAGAAGACAAAGGUACAGCAGGGGGAGGCUCUGCCGGGACCCUCGCUGGACCAGUGGCACCGAUCAGCCGAGGAGGAAGAGGACGGCCCAGUCCUGACGGAUGAACAGAAGUCCCGCAUCCAGGCCAUGAAGCCCAUGACCAAGGAGGAGUGGGAUGCUCGGCAGAGUGUCAUCCGCAAGGUGGUGGACCCGGAGACAGGACGCACCAGGCUCAUUAAGGGAGAUGGCGAGGUCUUAGAGGAAAUCGUAACUAAGGAACGACACCGAGAGAUCAACAAGCAAGCUACCCGCGGGGAUGGCCUGGCUUUCCAGAUGCGAGCAGGGCUGUUGCCCUGAGGGCCCUGCUGGCUAAGUGCUGGUGGUGUGGCCUGGAGACUGGCUUCAGAGUGGGCAGCAGGAAGCCCAGUGGGUGCUGUUUGCCUUUCCUCCUGCGGACUGGCCUCUGGCCCAGCCUCCUCUCAGAUGCAGGGGGUGAGGACGGGGUCACUGGCCUCAUCAGCUCCUCCUUGCAAGAGCAUCACUUCCCAAAUAUUAAAUGUUCCCUGGCUGGAAACUUUGUUAGGUCGGCUUUUUGUGCUGAAGGGAGGGAAGGUUGCUACCCAACUUCCAGAGGACAAAGGAGGCCUAUAGGACUUUUGGGGGGAAGGUGGGGUGUACCCUGACGUUCGUGAAGACCAGCCACCUUUGCUCUGCUCAUCCUCCGGUCUGCCUGCUCCGACCAGACCCUGACCCUGACCCUCAGCUGAAUCCCAAACCCAGAGACGUGGCUUUUAAACCCCAUCCUCUCAGAUUUGGAGGGAGGCUGCUUCCUGCACUGUUUAUUCUGCAGAUGACAACCGCGCAGAGUCCUGGUGCUGGGGCCGGGCCGCCGGGGUGGGAAUCCUGGCCCACGUUACUAGCUGUGACCUCUGUAGAGCAGAGAGGCUUUCAGCAUCCACCUGGCUGGGCUGCUGUGAGGAUGAACCGAGUUCAUGCCCAGGAAGGGGCUGGGAGGAGGCCCGGUGCAGGGGAAGGCUGGCAUAAGCGUACUGGUGUUACAGUCAGCAUAGCAGGCACUGUUGAUUGGGAAGGACAUCCUCUCCCCACCACAGCUUUAGCUCUGGGACAGGCCGUGCCCCCACCCCAGAUCCCCUCCCCACCCUGUGCUCUGUGGUUGCUGGUGCAGUAAAGAGACCCAGAAGGAA